AUGGCUACAAAGGUACCACAAACUAUCCGAGCUGCAUUAAUUUUGGCUAGAAGUCCAAUAGUGGUUCCUGAUCUAACAAAAUUUGAAUCUCAAUACAUUAAAUAUAAAUAUGAAUUGGAGAAGAGAUUGAUGUGGACUUUCCCAGCAUAUUAUUACUUUAAAAAAGGUACAAUGUCUGAAUACAAGUUUCAAAUUGCUCAAAAGAAGCCUAUUUCAAAACAACCUGGGGUCUGGUAUCCUCAAGGUAUUCCAGAUAUCAGGCAUGGAAGAGAAAGAAGUACUAAACAAGAAGUUAUAAUACCUAAAGAUGAAAAUCCAGCCAAUGAUACCAGUAUAAGUAGACCAGUGGUUAAAAACUCAAUCAUCACUAAAGCUGAUGAAUCUAAUGAUACUACAAGUUUGGAAAGACAAUUAAGAAAAACUUUAUACCUACUAGUUAAAAUUAAACCUAACGAUGAGUGGAAAUUUCCUUCAUUUGAAGUCAAUUCAGAUUAUGCAUUGCAUGAAGUGGCUGAAUCUGGUUUAAGAGAUAUUGGUGGGUCUAAGAUUAAUACCUGGACUGUUUCAAGAAAACCUGUUAAGGUUUUAAAAGAUAAAAAUGAUGAAUCAUUGGAAUUCUUUAUUAAAUCAAGGAUUCUGACAGGUGAGUUUGUUCCUAAGAUGAAGGAUAUUGAAUUUAAAUGGUUGACUAGAGAUGAAAUUAAGGAUUUUGUAAAAAAAGAUUAUUAUGACAACACAGAAUUUCUUUUAGAUAAAUAA